CCGGAACCGAAUGCCAGUGGAUGGCAUCAGAGCAGUCCAAAGUGACUGGCGCCAUGGGGAAUGUCAGCUGGCGACGUUCUAGGAGCAGUCGCCUGAGCGAGGGGAGCAGCUGCGAGCUGUGCAACUUCAGGCCAGAGGGCCCAGCAAGAUCCAGCUCAGCUUUGCUGGACAAGGGCUUCGCCUCGCUGGAGCGGACGUAUGAGGAGGAGGCUGGCUCCGUUGGCCGACCUGCGCCGGUGGAAUGGGACGCGGAGGUGGCGGAGGCGGAGGAGCUGUCGCCCCAGUUCCGGUGGAAGGACGAGAGCUUCAUCGACCUGAGCGUCGCUUCCAUGGAUGGGUCUUGCUGCCAGCUGAAGGCCCCAGUCCUCGCAACCGCAGAUGAUGUGCUGUACAUACUGCACAAGGGCGGGAUGGUGCCCGGCUGCCCGCGCUUGCUCUUUGGGAGCUCGGUGCUGGCGAAGGACAUCCCGCUGAGAGACCUGGGCAUCCAGCAGGGUGCAGAGCUGCAGUUGGUGAUGCUGAGGCCCUGCUUGGCGCUGGACGCCAGCGACAACAGCCUGGGCCCUGUGGGGCUCCACACCUUGGUAGACGGCCUGCGGGGUCCGCUGCUUCGCGUGUCCUUGGCCCGCACCGGGCUCUUCGGGCGCGUAGGGGGCCAGGCCGUGGCCAGGCUACUGCGGGCAUCUCCUGGCCUUGGCUCUUUGGACGUGAGCGGGAACAACGGUUUCGGGGCGGCCUCGCUGUGCGCCACAGGCAUCGAUCUGGGUGCCCUGGCUGCCGAGAUUCCCAUCUCGUACUCGUUGAGGACGCUGGUCCUGGCGGACUGCAGCCUGGAAGGGGUGGCCGGGGGCCAGCAGCUGGCAGCGGUGGUGGCGAAGCUCAGGAACUUGGACUCGCUGGACAUGCACAGCAAUAACAAUUUGGGGCCGUCUGGGCUUCUGGCCUUUAGCCACGGCGUCUCCAGCCGAUGCCGGGUGUCCUGCAUCAACUUGGAGGACACUGGCUUGGAGGAAUUGGACGGGGGCCUGGCAGCCGCCACGCUGUUGUCAAAGAUGCCCUCCCUGCGGACGCUAAAGCUGUCCAACAACAUCCUCUCGCCUUUGGGCUUGCAGGCCUUGGCAGAGAGCGUCCCACAGAACAACACGAUUUCUUGCUUGGAGCUGCGCAGCUGCGGCCUCCUCUCUGCCGGAAAUGCCCUGCACCUGCUGGCGGCCAGGUGUCGAAGCCUGGAGGUCCUGGACGUUGGAGAGGAGCACUUUGAGUCGCUUCCUCCACAGGCGCUUUGCUGCGCGCGCAUGACCACCGCCCAACUCUUGGAGCUGAAGCCGCGCUCCCUGCAGACCCUGGAUUUGAGCAAGAGCCAGCUGGGCUCGGCGGAGCUGCACAUGUUGGCCAAGCUUUUAGAGGCGCAGCUGGAGCUGCGCUCGCUGAAGCUGGACCACUGCAAGCUGGACGGAAGCCUGACGCAGCUUUUCGAGGCGCCGGGCCUGUGGCAGCUGAGCCUCACGUGUUGCUCUGGCUUCGGAUCAGCAAUGAUGGACUUGACCUCUGCUUUGGAGACAUCUCCGCUGAGGCGCCUGGACCUCACUGAGUGCGGCUUGGAGGGAACUGCUGGUGGGCAUGAUUUGGGUAGGCUGCUACCAAAGCUGCCGGCCUUGCAGCACCUGUGCUUGGCGAAGAAUUACAAGCUCGAGAAUACGGGUCUGCAGGCAUUUGGCCAAGAGCUGGCAGGCGGGCGGCACCAACUUAGCGAGUUGAACGUGAGCUGCUGCUCACUUGUGGGCGCUGAGGGUGCCCAUGUAGUGAUGGCCAUCCUGGGGUCGCUGCCAAGCUUGGAGUCGCUGUCGGUCUGCAGCAACCCCAGCUUGGGGUUGCUGGGUGUGGCGGCUUUGUUGGAGCAGGUCCCGUCGACGGUGUCCUCCUUGGCCUUGGCUUCUUGUGGCUUGUCUGCGCCCCUUCCUGAGCAAAACCUGUCGCGCCUGGGCCACCUCACGGGCCUGGACCUCAGCGCCAACACCGUGGGCAGCGAGGGCCUGGAGCAGCUGGCGCUUCAACUGCCGCAGAUGAGCCUCCAGCAGUUGGACCUGGCGGACUGUGGUUUGGAGUCCGGCGCGGGCGGCGCUGCAGUCACCGCUCUGUUGGCCAGGUGUCAUGAGGUGGCCUGAACGCGUCAGUUCACAAGUAACCGGCGAAAUCCAGAAGGAACGCGGGAGAAGAUCCCAAAGGGAAACUUUAUUCCCUCUUCUCUGGAGAGCCGCAUGUGAGCGUUCGGCCAGUCA